CAGAACGUUAAUGAGCAAACACUGUUACAGAGGACGAUGCGCCGUACAAGUAUAACCUUGACUAAGCGUGGUGUUUGUGGCACAGACGGGUAGGGACGGGCGCCUGACACUAGUAUUCUGUGGAGAUUUGGCGUGGUAGGGUGAGCUGUCUGUCGCUGAGCGAACGUUUUCGGUGCAACUGACUAUUGUCAUCUGGUUUGGAUAGCGUGCGUAUAAUUUAAUCCAAUGAAUAAGGAUUAUUGGUGCGAUUUUGUGGCAGGAUGGAUUGGAGGAUGUGCUGGCUUGGUAGCAGGACACCCUCUGGACACCAUCAAAGUCCGCCAACAGACAAUGGGUAAUAUUUCAGCAGCAAAGGGUAUUUUGAAUACCUUUAAAUUUGAAGGGGUUCGUGGUUUUUACAAAGGCAUGGGAUUCCCCCUUUUGUCGACGGGGACCUUAAAUGCUCUCUUCUUCGGUGUCUAUGGGAACACCGUCAGAAUCUUAUCGGAAGGUCGAGACAGACCGUCUUUCACUGACAUAUUCUUAGCCGGGUGUGCGGGCGGAGUUGCACAGCUGGUUGUUGCAUGCCCGGUGGAUUUAAUCAAGAUUAAGAUGCAGAUGCAAACAGGGUCUAGCGAAGGCAUUUGGGGCAAGCACUUCGAGUCACAUUACAGAGGCCCCACGUCUUGUUUGCUCGAUUUAUACCGCAAGGGAGGCAUUCGAGCGUGUUAUACAGGAUUGAAUUCAAUGGCAAUACGAGAUAUUCCCUCGUUUGGCAUGUAUAUGAUUCUGUAUGAAGGCUUCAUCAGGACUCUGUCUGGCUCAGAGCAGAGUGCCAGCCCGAGCUCCCUCGUGUUCUGUGGAGGAAUGGCAGGAGUAAUAUCGUGGGCAAUGAUCAUUCCACUGGAUGUCGUCAAGUCAAGAAUCCAAGGUGAUAAUCCGUCGAAUCCGCAGUAUAAGAAUGCGCGAGACUGUUUCGUAAAGAGCUACAGGGCAGAAGGGUUAAAGGUAUUCACUAGAGGCUUCUGGAUGAUGAGCCUCCGAGCCUUCCCCACCAAUGGCGCUAUCUUCUUAGGCUACGUGAGCUCACUCAACCUCCUGAAGAGAAUUUCGGGGGAACAGCAGAAGAGCGAAGCUGUCGUUGUAGCGGCAUGAGUGGAAAUGAAUGUGAUACUUGCGGUGUCAUUACUUGAAUAAAUGCGUGUG